UCAGUACAGUUUCGCUUGUUUGUCUGUUCAUUUCUAUAUCACUAAUAGCUAAAUAAUAGAUUCGACUAAAAAUACCUGUAGUUAAUUGACAAAUUUUUUAAUUUUUUUCUAAAAAAUUAGCCACUCUUCCUGAAACAUCUGAAAUUCAAACGGGCAGUGUUUUUGCUAUUGCUCCCCUUUAAAUCUCUCCGGUACAUUUGCUACGAAGAAAAAUAGACGACAAAUUGGGAAUCGCUUCAUGCUCUAGAUAGUGAUAGAUUACCCCUUCAUGUUCAUCCCCCCACUUGCCAUUUAUUCUCUUGCAAGAAGGGUUUUCUUAUUGUCAGUUCCAAUAAUUAGCCCUCAAGGGUGCACUUUGUUACUAUGAGUAAUCAUAGAGAUAGAAGCUGCAUAAUUGGGUGAAACAGUUGAAUCAUUGAAUCAUGGAGAUUUGGUGGUUUUCGAGGGUUGUUGCUCAUCAUCCCUACUCCAUCCUAAUAGCAGUAUUUGUGUUCUCUUCAACAUGUUUAAUUGUGCCACUAGCGACAAACAAAUUUCCUGAUUUCUCUGAUCCGCAAUUGGGUUUCGAGGCAAGAGGCACUCCACUAGCCCAACGUCUAACUGCCUGGUACAACCUAAUGAAAGCUACCGGUGCCCGAGGGGAUCUCACAGAUAAUCCUAUAGAAUACUACAAUUACCUGCUUCAAGUAUCGAAACAAAAUUCAACCGAAUCCUUCAAUAGAACUCGCACCAUUCCAGGAAUUCUCCGCAAAAAACCUAAAAAUAAAAAUAAGAAGAAAGGCAAAAAAACUGCUAACAAUUCGACGUCAAACAUUGAGUUCGAAGAUAAUGAGGACAAAGACCAGUGGAAUGAGUUGAUUAAACUUAAGCAGAACAAAUCCCUAAACGAUUACGAGAAACCUCCUCACCUCGAUGAUGCGUUUUUCUGCAAUCUCCCCAGUUCAGCCUAUUCUCGAGUGCUUGUGGGUUCAAACUUGGGAGAAAGUAACUUGUGGUCUCGCAAAGGAGUUCUAGCACAGUGUCACAUAGAUGCAACCUUAAGGGCGAAUCCUAGGUUUUCUCCACUGUGCGAGACUAGAGGUGUAAGCGGAUCUAAUGGUCAAGAUUGCUGUCGCAGCUGGUCACCAGCCAACUACGUAGCAUUCCUCUCAAAUCGCACAACUUGUCUUCAAGUAACUGAAAAAGAUCUGACCAGCGUCGAGGAGCUCCUCAAAAGAUGCGCAUACUAUUACAGAAUUCGUCGUCUUACUCCCGAUUGCGCUGAGGACUUCAAUUGCCAGAAGCAAGUGCCACCAGAAUGUUACGCUCACAAUGCCCCGUAUCACCUGUUGCAUUACCUUUUAGAUGAUAACUUUAUUCCGUCGCAUGUCUCGGUCAACAGUACCAACUCAACAUUAAAAUUGGCGAUGAUAUUUUUGCCUAUUGCUGCUAGCUCGGCUACACUUGGUUUUUACGAAGAUAUCAGCAAUGUUGAGUUAUCUUAUGGAAGUUUCAAGGUUCUAGGAAUGGACUUGGGACUGAAGAGCACAUUGUUUGAUAGACUGCUAGUCUCAGACUCAUUUCUCCUGCUAUUUGGUUUCUCUUUCGUUACGAUAUGUAUAUUAGCAUACACUGGAUCUAUCGUGCUCACUGUGUCUACAAUAAUGGCUGUCCUUUUCAGUCUUGGCAUAUCUUACGCUGUUUAUACGUUAAUCCUCAAGAUCACAUUCUUUCCAUUUAUGAAUUUGCUGGCUAUAAUUGUUGCAGUCGGAAUUGGAGCUGAUGAUGCAUUCAUUUAUUGCAAAGUGUGGGCUCAGGGCAAGCAACAGAAGGAGUCAAACGGAGGAUUGGUCAGGCUCGUUCAAGACACGAUGAAACAUGCAGUCCCCUCGAUGUUUGUCACAUCACUUACGACAGCUGUCGCCUUUUUUGCAUCGAUUGUCAGUAACGUAACAGCAAUAAAUUGUUUUAGUUUGUUCUCAGGUAUGACAGUGAUUGCAAAUUUUUUUCUCAUGGUGACAUGGCUACCGGCAAGUGUCGUAAUCUCCGAGCACUGCCGUCCAAUAGUUUUAUCCCCAGCAAAUUUUCUAGUACGAAAAAUCAUCCGCCCCAUACGAAUUUCUAUAGCGAGAGUGUCAGAGACAUUCACCUCAAUCAUUUCUCGAAUGGUAAUAGGCCUACGUUGGCUCUGGGUGUCAUCUCUCGGUGCUGUCGCCCUAAUAGCAGGCAUGGUGAUCUUCAGUUUCCCUGGUCUCCGUCUUCCAGAUUCACCAAAUUUCCAACUAUUUGACGCAUCACAUCUCUUCGAGCAAUACGAUUUACAUUAUGCCCACCAUUUUUUUUUUGAGAAAUCUGAAUUGGAUGAAGGUGCAGGACUGCUUCCACUCCGCUUCGUCUGGGGCAUCAAACCAAUAGACGAUGGUGAUUACCUAGAUCCAGCAUCUCGAGGAGGACUAGUAUGGGACGAUUCUUUCGAUAUGUCCAGCGAGGCCUCUCAAAUAUGGCUAGAAAAAUUUUGUCGAAAUCUUCGCACCCAGCCUUUCUACCACGAAACUCAAGGGCCUCUCCUCCCUAACUGCUUCAUCGAGUCCUUCAAAAAUUGGAUGACAAGACGAUGCGAGGAUGUAGUUGACACAAAUAUCUCUAAAGCCCCUUGCUGCGAUCUCAGUAAGUAUCCAUACACUCCAUCAGUUUUGAGGAGAUGCGUUGCAGAAGCGAGCGCUGAUCUCUAUAGAACCCCAAGCUAUCUCUGGCAAAGGGGAGGCAUAGUAGCAGGUGGAAUAAAGUAUGAGAAAGCAUCGAUGAAACCCUCCAUUCAACAACUAGCAGACAAUAGUACUCUUACGAUGCCUUUGCCUACAAUAAAGGCCCUAAUAGUGGAAUACGACAGCAAUUACUCCUACAGUCUAUCCUUCGCUGAGAUGAAUAGAUUUUUUAGCCAAGUUGAGGGUUGGAUGCAGCAACAGCUCAAGUCCGCGCCCCCGGAAAUGAAGAAUGGAUGGUUUGUGAGCCGCUUGGAAUUCUUCGAGCUUCAAAGGACACUUUACGAGGGCACAUUGUGGGCCAUGGGUGUUUCCAUGAUUUUGGCUCUAGUUGUUCUGGCUCUAGUCACUUUAAAUCUCCUCGUCAGUCUUUACGCUAUUGUAGCCAUUGGCGCAGCAAUUCUCGUUACUGUAGCUGCACUCGUUAUACUCGGUUGGAGGCUCAAUGUCCUGGAGAGUGUUGCUGUCUCCACAGCUAUAGGAUUGGCAGUAGAUUUUUCUCUGCAUUACAGUGUGUCUUAUCGAGCGUGCCAAUCGGAGAAGAGAGUUGAUCGUGUGAAGAUAGCAAUCGAACAAAUGGGUGGUCCAACUCUAAUGGCAGCUAUCACCAGUGGUGCAUCUGGUGCCCUCAUGUUGCCAUCUCAAGUGCUCGUAUACAUACAGAUUGGUAUAUUCUUGAUCCUUGUGAUGGGAGUCAGUUGGGCUUACGCGACCUUCUUUUUGUGUCCUUUACUCUCCAUUAUCGGUCCAUCGCCACAUUUUGCGCAAUUUCGGUAUCCUAGUAUGCAAAGGAUUCUGUUGUGCUUCAACAGAAAUCCUGAAGAUAAUACCAGGGAGAUCGAGAGAGAGUGUAAGGUGGAUUGUCGAAGGAACAAGGGAAGAGGGAUGUUAUCCGAGCCGACGUUGAGUAACUCGAGUACAGUAUGUCCAUUGCAUUAUACUGAUAUCGAAGUAAUGGGGGCGCGGAUCAAUGCAGCUGACUCUAUGCCACCAUCUCCAUCGUCUCCGUUAUUGUAUCUGGAGCCUAGCUGGAUUGAAACUGCGAAUGGAAGGAGGAACUGAAAUCAGUCAGAAGCCUGUGCUAUACAUCGAAUAAUGGGAGCGUAAAUUCCGUAGAACCAUCGCGUGCAUAAAAAAAAAAAAAAUUCAACCCACCGUAGUUUACAUUAUCUCAUCUCACUAUAGUUACCGUAUUUAUUUGAUCCAAGAUGUUCUAUAUUAAUUAUUUAAUGACAAUUUUCAAUAUGUAGGAACUUCCAAAUAUUUUCCAUUGGAUUUGCUAUUCCAUUUUUCCAUAUGUAUAUGCGAACAAAAAAUCACAGGCUAGUUUGUAAAUAUUGAUAUCAGAGUUGAAUAAGGAAUUUCUUUCGCAGAUAAUUGGAUGAACCCCCCAAGAAAUAUUCUUCGAGAUUGUUGCCUUAACGAAUUAGUUCUCGACAUAUUGACAAAAUAAUCUGUGAAAAAUUAUGUAACUCAUGAGCUUUUACCACUGUUUUGUGAAAUCAUUAUGAUAAUAUAAACCGUGUCACAUGAAUUUAUAUAAUUAACUGUUUUUUUCGUGACGAACACUUGCCUAAGUGAAAUUGUGAUAUCGUUAUUCAUUGAGAUUUCAGCAGAUUUGAAUUUUAUCCAUGAUAAACUGUUCCAUUAAUUGUUGAUGGUUAGUAUAAGACUCUAACUGUUGUGAUCAGUGAAAUGAUUAUUGAGUAUCCAGUAAAUUUUUAUGCAAUGUUAUUGUCGAUAAAAUGGCUGUAAUUCGAUGUAAUGGAUGAAUUUAUAUUUCUAAACUUAGUAGGCAGUAGGACACCUACUGCAACAACGGUAUUAUUAUUCAGACUGACAUUUGAUUAUUUGUAACAACUGUAUUUGAGUAUUUGACGGUAUCUACUUCGAGCUGUGACAAUAAGGAAUUUUACAUUUUUCAACAUUCUCCGGUUUACUAAUUUCAUAAUUCUCAUGGCAAAUAUGCCGUUCCAUUCCAGUUUGUAAUUAAGGCUCGGGUGGAUUAUCUAGAAAAGAUAAUUUAAUCCGAAAUUCCGAUUUCUAAUUACUUUGGCAAU